AUGAUUGCUGUGAAUGAUGUGUUUGUACCAGUGGGAGACUCUGUUACACUGGACAUCCACAGACAUGAUCGGCUGUCAGUUGACAUCCUGGCAUGGACAUUCAAUAGAACUAUCAACAUAGUGAGGUAUAACAAUAACAGCAGAAAAGUAAAACUUCAUGACCAGUACAGGGAGAGAGUGGAGUUCAAUACAGAAACCCUCUCACUGACACUGAGGAACCUACAUAAGAAUGACAGUGGACUCUAUGUGGCAGGGGAACUUGGUGAGAGUGGCCUACAUUUUGCUAAAUACAGGAUACCUGUUCCAGAUCCUGUAGAGGCUCCUGUCCUGACUGCUCUGUUUAACUGGUCCAGCAGUGACUCCUGUAAUGUCACCUGUAAAGGUCAUGACCUCUCACUGACCACCAGGUAUCAUGUGGCGCCCCCUGCUGGAGUCUCUCUGUGUCUGCUGAAAACGGUGCUGUUCUCUGUUACUCUGGUCCUCAUGAUCUCUGCAGUCAUCACUGUCCACAUCAGAGAGAGACUGAUCAAAUCAUCUUAA